AUGGUGAAUAUGAAGCAUAGUCAGGAUGUAUAUUCAACCAGGACAGAAAUAAAAGCGUCCCCGUUCGUCGAUGAAGUGAUGCAAGCUCGGUUGCUGGAAAGGUUUCGGCUCCCACAGAUUAUACCUUUCACAAGAAAAACCGACCCAACUGAACACAUCGAAUGUUUUCGAAUGUACAUAGAACUGCAUGAUGCCUCGAAUGCCAUGAUGUGUUGGGCUUUCUUCCUCACCUUAGCCAACGUGGCCCGACUUUGGUUCAAGCAGCCGAAACCAAAGUCCGUCAGUACGUUCACAAAACUCAACGAUGCCUUUCUCACCAAUUUCAUUGGCGAAAAGAAGAAGUUGGAGCCCUCUACGCAUCUAAACAACAAAGUUCAGAAAGAGGGAGAGUUACUGAAAGAUUACAUCAAACGUUUUAACUUUAAAUCACUCCAAGUUCGGAAACAUUCAGAGGAGAUAGCACUCAAUUCCAUCAUGCAAGGCAUCAGGGAUAAGCCGUUUCUGGCAUCCCUCGACAAAAAUCCACCUGAAACUUUGGCUGAAUUCAUGACUCGGUCAGAUAAAUACGCGGAUGCCGAGGAAAUAAGAAACUUGCGUGAAGCUGCUCAGAACGGAAAAAUCUGA